AUGUUAAGCGCUUUUCGUAGACGUUUUAUACCAAACAUUCAAUGUGAACAAAUACGACUUGGUCACAGAGUCAGGGGUAAACCUCCAAUCUUCUGUAGAACUAUAAAAGAACGUUUAGAUGAACUUAAUUAUAAAGAUGAACUUUAUACGGCACGGAUUGACAUAGGGUAUCCGAAUGAAAAAAAACCAGCUAAAAUUCUAAGCGCUCGUUUGGAGCAGUUGAAAAAACUGAAAAAUGAUAAACAACUUGAGCAAUUGGCCCGUAAUCAUAAACUGGAGAUAAAUUUGGAUGAGGCAAAAAAAGAGUGGUUACAAACAUUAGGCCCAAAACAGAAAAAACAAAUAGCUGAUCACUAUGGUGUUUAUGAGCAUCUAUAUGGGGAAGGAUAUUUCAUACCUUAUGUUAAUUUGGAAGUACAUUAUGAUUUAAAAAAUGGCUCCUUUUUACCUGUAUAUACAGGCAAUGUUAUUAAACCAGCAGAAGCACUUGAAAAACCUUUAGUCACAUAUGAAUCUAAUGAAAAUACACUAUGGACAUUAGUUUUAACAAAUCUCGAUGGGCAUUUAACUGAAAAUGAUAAAGAAUAUGUCCACUGGCUAGUAGCUAAUAUACCCAGUAAUUCCAUUGAACAGGGUGAUACUAUUGUGGAUUACUUGCGCCCUUUUCCACUUAAAGGAACUGGGUAUCAUAGAUAUGUUUUUGUAUUAUAUAAGCAAAAUGAAAAACUGUCAUAUGAUCUCCAAAAAGUUACCCACAAUUCGUCUCUAGAAGACAGGACAUUUUACACCAGAGAUUGGUACCAAAAGUACCAAGACAAUAUUACUCCUGUCGGCUUAGCUUUCUUUCAGUCCGAUUGGGAUCAAACUGUAAAGGAUUAUUUCCAUAAUGUGUUAAACAAAAAGGAACCAGUAUACGAAUAUGAUUUUCCACAACCUUAUAUAAGACCACAAGAAUGGUUCCCCCUUAGAAGGCCAUUCAAUCUAUACAUGGACAAGUAUAGAGAUCCCAAACAGAUCAACAAGGAAUAUUUACUGCGGAAACUUAAAAAUGAGGAUCCUUUCAAGAGACCACCUGCACCUUUAAGAUUCCCCAAUGCACAUCCCUUACCAAAAGAGAUGCCGUCCUGGCUAAAACUGCAUGAGAAGAAAAUAAGAUUAGGCUGGGGCAGAGUAAAUGAUGUUUAA